UGCGAACGAAGGGCAGAGACGUACUGGGAGACACAGCAGCGAGGAGGGACAGAAAGGAAGGAUAGAGAGUGCAAGGACAGAGAGUGAGCACGGUUUGUGUGUUUGUGUGUUUGUGUGUGUGUGUGUGUGUGUGUGUGUGAGAGAGAGAGAGAGAGAGAGAGAGAGGCGGAUAUGGCGGGGAAGGCAAAAGAUAAGAAUCUGGAGGAGACGCCGACCUUUAGGGUGGCGUUUGUGGUCUUCGUGUUCGUGGCUGUUUCUCUCGCAUUCGAGAAAGGGCUGCACCAUUUGGGGGACUGGCUGAAGAAGAAGAACAAGACGGGUCUGUCCCGUGCCAUCUCCGUGGUUAAGGAAGAGCUGAUGCUUCUGGGAUUCAUCUCGUUGCUGCUAAGUAUUUUCCAGGACGAUAUAAGCGGCUGGUGUGUGGACGAGUGGACUAGCUACGAUUGGUUGCCGUGCACUGAGGAUGCUCUGAAGGAGAAGCGGAAGAAGCAGCAGCAGACGCUUGGGAAGUCGGACUACAAUUCUUCCGAUUCCAAGGCCUCGUCGGGGUCCUAUGCGUCGAGCAGCGGCACAUGCUCCCUCGGCAAGGAGCCUUUCAUGACCUACGCCGCCAUGCACUACGUCCACUACUUCAUCUUUAUCCUAGCUAUGGUGGUGAUCUGCUACUCCUCUCUAGUCUUCCUCCUCGCGCUGAUGCAGAUCCGGGGCUGGCGAAGCUGGGAGAUGAAGGCCCGCUCGGCGGAUUACCUCAAGGGGCUGGAAGCGUGCACCACGAAGGAAGAGAAGCUGCGCUACGCCGGCCUGCGCGAGCGCAAGGCCGUCAUGCACGCCGUCGACACCAAGCCCUUCUGCCGCACUCCGGGCUUCUGGAUCCAGUCCUUCUUCCUUCAGUUCGUCGGGACUUUCAGGGAACAAGACUACCUCGCGCUGCGCAUGCUGUUCAUCACAAACCAUAACUUGCAGUUGGACUUCGACUUCCACUCGUAUAUGAUCGGCUGUAUGGAGGAUGACUUCGCCAAUGCCAUCGGGAUUACGCCGUGGAUGUGGGCGCUGCUGAUCUUCCUCCUGAUCUUCCAGGUGAAGCGCAACGGCCUGUUUCUCAUCUUCGGCAUGCUGGGAGUCUUCUUCUGCAUCGUCAUCGGUACCAAGCUGGUGGCCAUUCUGCGCACGCUGUCGGCGGAGAGCUCGCAGGGGACGGGGCACUUCGUGACAGGCGAUCCCAAGCCCACCGAUGACCUGUUCUGGUUCAACAACCCGCACCUUCUGCUCACCUUCAUCCACUUCGUCUUCUUCGCCAACUCGCUGGAGCUGUCGGCGUUCAUCUUCUACUCGUGGAAAUUCGGCAUUCACUCGUGCCUGCAGGACGAAAGGGGGGUCAUCAUAUUUAAGCUGGUGUUCGCCUUCUCUUUGCUGGUGCUGAGUUCCUACGUGACGCUGCCGCUCUACGCCUUGGUAUCGCAGAUGGGGUCGUCGUACAGGCAGCAGCUGUUGCCCGGCGAAGUGCGGAAAACGGUGAAGGCGUGGGCGGCAGGCGCGAAGCACAGCAAGGCAGGUGCUGCGCACUCGGAAGGAGUGCAGUCGGAAGAAGCAGCUCGGUCAGAGGGUGUUUGAUGUGGCUGAGGGGAAAAAAAGGGGAGAGGGAGAGAGAGGGAGCCGCUCUGCGCGUUGAUAUCGCCGAUAGGGAUGUCGUACAGGCAGCAGCUGUUGCCCGGAGGAGUGCAGAAAGCGAUGAAGGCGCGGGCGGCCGCCGGCCGGCCCCGAAGCACAGCAAGGCAGCGCCUGCUCGCUGGGAAGGAGCUCAGUCCGAAGAAGCAGCUCGGUCAGAGGGUGGUUGAGGUGGGGGAGGAAAAAAAAGGGAGGAAAAAGGGAGAGGGAGAGAGAGGGAGAGCCGCUCUGCGCCUUGAUGUCGCCGAUAGGAACGUCGUACAGGCAGCAGCAGCUGUUGCCCGGAGGAGUGCAGAAAGCAAGGAAAGGCGUGGGCGGCCGGCGAGAAAGCACAGCAAGCCUGAGCAAGGCAGCUGCUGCUCGCUCGGAAGGAGCUCAGUCCGAAGACACUGCUCGGUCAGGGGGUGUGUAAGUUUCUCUGUUUUGCCGGACACCUGCCUACAUGCCGCCCACUAGAUGCCGCCCAAGGCUAGGUUAUCCAAAAAAUGUAGGCCGAACGGCGGCUGUCUGAAAUCGAGCACAGCUGAAGAGGCGGUUACGAACUUACGAGACAAGCCACGCCAAGCUGAGAGGAGGCUGCAAAGGCAGUUGCUGACGGCAGACUCAGCGUGACGACACUGACGAGUGUUCAUGGGGACAGCAGCGGGCGUGCUCCUCAAGCAGAAGCGAGGAGGAUGAUAAAGGUUUGGUCGAUCCCGAGGCAUACACAGAGAGAGAGAGAGAGAGAGAGAGAGAGAGAGAGAGAGAGAGAGAGAGAGAGAGAGGGGGGGGGGGGGGGGGGGGGGGGGGUGGGGGGGGGUGGUUUAUUUGGUAGGGCGAGGGGACAACGAGGAGGAACUUCAAGGUAUUAAACCACCAGUACUUGGCCCAGCUAUCGGCCGCGGAAAAAAAUAGAGUAGAAACGUUUCUAGUUGGAUGAAUUUGGGCGCUCCUGUAGUAGCCCGUACGUUUCCGAAAAUCGCAUAGCGUUAACGCUACGCGACUUUAGGAAGUACUGGUGGUUUAAGGAGGAGGGGGGCGAUGGAGGGGAGAGGUAAUAAGGAGGAGAGGGGGGGGGAGGGGAGGCGGCUGGAAAACUGAGGAAGCGAUUUUUUUUUACUUAGUUCAGUCCCGUGCAGGUAGUGCGGUUAGUGCGGUUGGUCGGAAGGUUGGAGCGCGUGAAGGAAAGGGAUGGUAUGCAUAAGGGCAUAUACUUACGGUAGUACUUUUUUUUCACUUUUCUCUGGACGGAAUUGCGGCCAGAUGCAUAUGAGUUCGGCCCUAAAUGCGGUCAGGUACAUUUAAGAUAGUGGUAGUCUGAAGACGCCCUUAAGUCUUAAGUCAUGCCGCCCGGUCUCGGUGUUUUUCUUGAUGAGUUUACCAAUUCAAUGUAGUCUUUUAUUUUAUUCCUAUUUUUUCUUGAUGAGUUUACCAAUUCAAUGUAGUCUUUUAUUUUAUUCCUAUGUUAUUGUUUAUUCGUAUUUGAUUUUUCCUUUUUUUUUUCAUUCGUAUUUGUUCUUUUUUUUUUUUUUACUUAGUCUGUCUUUUUUUUUACGCUUGUAAUUGCCUUUUGUUUUUUCCCAGUUAGAUCUCUAGUCGUAGUUGAUUACGUUCCUCUGGGAAAUGACUGCAGGCCGUGCAGGCCCUGAAGGGAGGUCUUCUCGCUUUUAGGAGAGAGGUACUACUUCUGAAUCAUCGUUUUCGUUGGAAAGUUUUUUUUCGCUCUUUUAUUUUUAUUUAUUUAGGGUUAAGAGAGUUACGCGCUCCUGAUUCCGUUUCGAAUUUUUGUAAUGGCAUAAUGGCAUAAUCGCACUAGCAAAUUCCUUCGUAUCAAUAAAUAAAUAAAUAAAUAAAUUGCAGGGAUGUAU